AUGAUACCCUCCACGCUUUCAGCCUCGUUUAGCGCUCGAUAUUUAAAAAGCCCCACACACGACCCUUUUGCGGGGAGCGAUGCGCGAAUUUUUGAGGAGCUCCUCGACGCCGAGGCGGUGGUCGACCUCUCGCGGCUGCGGGAGGCCGCUCGUCUGGGGGUUGAUCCUAAAUAUCGUGAGAUGGUCUACCGCUAUCUGCUCGGGGUGACGUUGACCGAUAAAUCAAGCGAGAUGACCAUGGAACGGGCACAGGAGCGGGAUUUCGAGCUCCUCCGGCGCCCGCCCCCUUACACUCAAGGCGGACGUCCCAUCAAAACUAACGGUGUAAGGCCCUUUAGCGCGGCCUACGGGCAGCCAUCCGCGGGGUGGGAGCGCGCGACCGCGGCGGUGCAGCUCCGCGCGCCCUUCUCUCAUAGCCCGGAAUGCCGGCAAUGGCUCCAUGACGUGAUGGAAUCGCUGCAAGCGAUCCACAGCGAGGCCUCCCGCGAAGAGGUGGUGAUCCUUAUCCAUCUCGUAUUGCCUUUUCAGGCGAUCAAAUCUAGUGCAAGGGAUACAUUUUAUUGUGUGAAUACGAUCUACAACUUUCUCACUCAUCAUGGGAACCCUUUGCAGGAUGAGGAAUGCCUACAGCAUCACUGUGGAAACUUUAUGAUGCUUUUUCAUACGCUUAAUCCGAUGCUUUACCGGCAUUUUUUUACAGAGGGCAUCACAACGAUGGACUGGGUUCCACGCAUGCUCUGCACUAUGCUAGCUGAUCGCCUUCACCAGGAAGAUCUUUUGCGGAUCUGGGACUACUAUCUUGUUGAUCUCGGCGAGACCCUAACCUUCUCUUCACACCCUUUUGUUUGUCUGGCUCUUUUAUCUAAUCUUACGGAAGAAUUGGUCGAAUGUGAUAAAAUAGAAAUACUUUAUCGUUUGGAGCAUAUGCCACGUAUAAAUGCUGAAGCGGUUCUCCAAAAUGCGAUUUCAAUACGUGAAGACGUUUACACUAGCGGGCUUCUGUUUUCAUGA